CAGCAGGAUCAGUUCAGGCACACGGCCAGUGAAUGAGAAAGCUCUCACUUUGACUGGAUAACUGCAACUACAGGACCCAUACAGGACCAGCUCUGGCACUCUGUCCAUCCACCUGGACACAGACCCAGACCCAGGCAGGCAGCCCACCUCUCUCCCCCCGCUGUCACUGACCUCUCUCUCCUGUUACAGGAUGGCUGAGGCUGAACUUCACAAGGAGAGGCUCCAAGCCCUCGCAGAGAAAAGGAAAAGACAGUCAGAGAUUGAAGACAAGAGGAGACAGCUGGACGAUCUGGUGCUGCAGCUCCAACACCUCAAGUCUAAAGCCAUGAGAGAGCGCUGGCUCCUACAAGGCACGCCCCCUGGAACUAACGAUGAAGACGAUGGACGAAGACGACAGCUGGAGAAGGACGAAGAGCAGGGGAAGAGACUGGGGGACACUAUUCACAGGUUGGAGUCAGAGAUUGGUCUGUUGGAGAGCGAGGAGUGUCAGAUCUCAGCUAAAGAGCAGACACUCAGAGAGAGACUGAGGAAAACAGAGAGGUCCAUAGAAGACCUACAGAAAAGUCUCCAGAAUGAGCAUGAUGCUGUGAGUAACGCCUCACCCCAGCAGCCAGACCAGCUCCUCGACCAGCUCCACGACCAGCUCCUCGACCAGCUCCCCGACCAGCUCCUCGACCAGCUCCCCGACCAGCUCCCCGACCAGCAGCCAGACAUCAGAGACUCCUCCACCACUUCUCCUCAUCAGGCCACAGCCUCAACAGCACCUGCCUCUGGGGAGCAGCCAAAGAAACCUGUGAUGUACGCCAUGGAGAUCAACGUGGAGAAGGACAGAAAGACAGGGGACACCAGGAUCCUGUCAGCUUCUGCAGUCAGCCCUGACGAGGUGCCUGACCGCGGGGUCAAGGUUUUCGACGACGGCCGGAAGGUUGUCUACGAGGUCCGCUCAGGGGGGUCCUCUACCCUGGACAAUGGGGUUCACCGCUGGAGCUCCCAACAGGUGGAUGAGCUGAUGAAGCGGGUCGGGGCGACCACUGGCUGUGCUCAGGGAGGCAAGGCUAAGGUCACCGUCAACCCCGCCGACCCCCAGGCUCCAAGCGCCCCCAUCACCACCCAGCCUCCACCCUGCCAGGAGGUGAUAUACGAGGGUGAGGUGACGGAGGCUCCCCAGGCUACGGCGGAGAAGCCGAUCACUAUGAUCUUCAUGGGUUAUCAUAAUGUAGACGACCAGGAUGAGACCAAGAGGCUGCUGGGAUUCGACGGCACCAUCAAGGCUGAGAUCGUCCUGAUCGAUGAGGACGAUGAGAAGUCGCUACGGGAGAAAACGGUGACAGACGGUUACUCCACCGUGGACGGCAACGCCGCCGACCUGGUGUCUGGCGCGCGGCCGCUCAGCGACACCACCGAACUGUCGUCGGAGGGGAAGGACGAGAGCUCUGCCACGGCCACCAAGGAACUCCCCUCCCCAGCAGGUAUAGAGAAGAAAAAGCCCUGCCGCUGCUGUACUAUCAUGUAACCUCAUUACUUUAACUACACUCCCCACAACUCUCUGUUUUUUCCCCCUGGGACUGCAGGGAGGAAGGAGCUCAUUGGUUAAUCAAGGCUCUGAUCUUCCUCCUCCCGAAACCCUCCUCCUCCUCCUCCUCUUCCUCUUCCUCCUCACAGCUACUAACAGAACCUUACCUUCUGGCCCCUGGAACUUGGCUGCGUUGA